GGCCAUGAUGCUGUGCUACCCAAGAUCUUGAAGCUGGAGUCGGCCACGUACGAGCCCACGAGUGCUGAUCCUCACGAUGCGCGCACCGUCUUCAGCUUCACCGUGCCUCGCCAGCUCUGUAACAUGGGUGGUAAUCUUCAUGGUGGAGCAGUCGCGUUGAUCUUCGAUAUCACGACAUCGACUACCAUCGCAGCCUGCAGCCGUGAAGGCUUCUGGGACACAGGCCACGUGAGCCGCAAUCUUAAUUGCACCUACUUGCGACCUGCACCCGAGGGCGCAACGGUCUUCGUUGAAAGCAGGGUGGUGCAUCUGGGUAAACGGAUGGGGUUGACGACGGGGGUAAUGAGGCUAGGCUCAAUGGAAGGAAAAGUGUGCUAUACAUACGUGCCCUCGCAAUCGAGCCCAGCGCAGAAGCCACCCCAAGUGAACCCGGAAGACCACCCGGAUGGCGACGGCGACAAUGAAGCGGCCUCCUCGGAGAAGCCGGCGCCCAAUGCUGCAGCUACACAGCGCUCGUCUGCUGCCCGCGGUCCUCGACGACGGCAGCACGGCGUCCAGUCGACAAAGCUCGAGGCUGUCGACGACCCUCUGGGACCUCUGGGGGCCCCCACGCCGACUACUGGGUCUGACGCUGCUCCCGCGCCGCCUCAGAAGGAACUUGCUGCAUCCCGCGGCUCCCGUCCUGCGCCUGGCGCCUCUGCUCCUUCGCUGGGCGGUAUGAUGGACUCGGUCAACCUUGACGACGACGACAACGACGACGAACUGCCGCGUUCGCAGGCCGCACGUGUACCACCGCCCGUCCAGGCGCCCGCGGGCACGCAGCAACAGCGCCAGACUCAGCCCAGCGUCAGCGUCGAGCAAGCUGCGAAGCCAACGUUCUCCAUCUAUGUGGGCGACCCACACAAGGUUGGCGACCUGACCAGCUCGCACACCGAGUACUCGGUCACCACCAAGACAACGUCCAAAGGCUACCGCAACCCCGAAUUUUCCGUCUCUCGGCGAUACCGCGAUUUCCUCUGGCUGUACACGCAGAUGCACAGCAACAACCCUGGUGUCAUCAUUCCCCCGCCGCCAGAGAAACAAGCCGUGGGCCGUUUCGAGACUGAUUUUGUCGAGUCCCGGCGCGCGGCUCUGGAGCGCAUGUUGAACAAGACAGCAACCCACCCCAUAUUGCAGCAUGACGGCGAUCUCAAGCUCUUCCUCGAGAGCGACGCCUUCAACGUCGACAUCAAGAACAAAGAACGCAAGGACCCUGGCUUGGGCGAGAGCAAGGGCAUGUUUGGCUCCAUGCUUUCUGGCAGCAGCGGCAAGUUCGUCGAACACGAUGAUUGGUUUCAUGACCGGAAAAUCUACCUCGAUGCGCUCGAGAACCAACUAAAGGCGCUGCUCAAGGCAACAGACACUGUAGUGACCCAGCGCAAGGGGCUUGCCGAGGCUUGCGGCGACUUUUCAGCUUCGUUGCAUUCGCUGUCAGCUGUAGAGCUGUCACCCUCCCUAUCUACCCCGCUUGACAGCCUAUCAGACAUACAGAUCCGCAUUCGAGAACUGUACGAGCGUCAGGCUCAACAGGAUGUGCUUACGAUGGGCAUUGUCAUUGACGAAUACAUUCGCCUCAUAGGUUCCGUCAAAACAGCGUUUCUACAACGUCAAAAAGCCUACCACUCUUGGCACGCUGCUGAGCAGGAGCUCCAGAAGCGCAAAACAACUCAAGACAAGCUCCUCAGACAGGGCAGGUCACAACAAGACCGUCUGAACCAACUCGGCGCUGACGUUGCGGAUGCUGAGCGAAGGGUACACCAGGCGAGGCUGCUGUUCGACGACAUGGGCAGGCUCAUGCGCAGCGAGUUGGAGCGUUUUGAAAGAGAAAAAGUCGAGGACUUCAAAUCGGGCGUGGAGACAUAUUUGGAGAGCGCAGUAGAGGCGCAGAAAGAGUUGAUUGAAAUAUGGGAAACGUUCCUGAUGCAACUCGACACCGAGGAAGGAGAGACGUUUAUCCCGCCCGCGGGAGUCGUCGCCUCGCCUACUGCUGAGCCACCCACAUCAGCUAACGAACCUACUGAUGCUCGGAAUUCGGAGGAAUCCGUCAGAAGCAUAAGACUGCAGGAGUUUGAUCCAGAGGCAGGAAAACUCGUGGGUCCAAGUAAAACCAUUUUCUACGGGACAGAGCUAGACCUGGUGGAAGGCCCACAUCUGUACAAACGCAAUGGAUGGUACUACCUAUUGACGGCGGAGGGUGGUACCUCGUAUAGCCACGCUUGCACUCUGGCACGAUCUUCAAACAUCUGGGGUCCAUACGAACUGCACCCGCAGAAGCAUAUACUCACAUCAAAGGAUGCCCCUACAGCACCCUUACAGAAGGCUGGCCAUGGAGAUCUGGUGGAGACAUCAGAUGGCAAAGCCUACCUUGUGCACCUCGGCGGUCGUCCCAGGACGCAGGCCCGUCGCUGCGUGCUCGGACGCGAAACAUCUAUACAAGAGGCAUACUGGAGUGACGACGGAUGGCUGUAUAUCAAGAAUGGACCUGUCCCAUCUCAUCAGGUCGAAUUGCCAGCAGCUCGGGACGAAACGAAGUACUGGGCGGAACAACGAUAUGUGUUUGAUAAUACCAACGGCUUACACGAAGACUUUCAAUGGCUUCGUACGCCAGAACCCGAACGAAUCUUUUCUGUCAAGGACGGCCUCCAACUGGUUGGCCGCGAGUCCGUUGGUUCUUGGUUUGAGCAAGCGCUCGUUGCGCGCCGCCAAACACACUUCUCGUACGAUGCCGAAACUGUGAUCGACUUCUCCCCGACGGAUGAGAGGCAGUUUGCAGGCCUGAUUGCGUACUACUGUCGCUACAAUUUCUUCUAUCUUACUGUGACAGCCGACGCCGAUGGCCAGCGCGAGCUACUCAUUCAGAGCUCUGAAGCUUCCUGGCCCGAGGGUUGUCUGCAACUCCCAUUCGCAGAUCCAGUCCAGAUUCCAAACGAGGGGAAAGUCAAAUUGGCCCUCAGUAUUCGAGGCAGCCAUCUGCAAUUCUCCUAUGCGCUUGGAGAGGAGGCGCGCUUGGAAGAGGUUGGGCCUGUUUACGAUGCUUCCGUUUUGAGCGAUGAGUGUGGCGGGCAUCAGGCGCACGGCAGUUUCACGGGAGCAUUUGUUGGGGUAGCGGCUUCUGAUUUGAACGGAACGGAAAAGACGGCGUCGUUUGGGUACUUCGUGUACAGGCCGGUGAGCCACGAGUCAGACGGAUAUGACAGCUAG